UUGAGACUCCGGAUUCGGCGUCCGGACGUGGUGACGCAGGAGCGCGGGAGUACGUGAGGACGCAAGCGGGUCUUAGAGAGAGUGCAGUUCUCCGUGUACCUCCCUGAGUUCCUAAGCACCCAGCACAGUUCCUUAUCCGCGCUCCUGAUAUCCUGUAGUCAUGCAGCGGAGAACGAGAGGGAUCAACACCGGCCUCCUCCUGCUCCUCUCUCAAGUGUUCCAAAUCGGGAUCAACAACAUUCCGCCUGUUACCCUCGCAACCUUGGCUGUCAACGUCUGGUUCUUCCUGAAUCCUUGGAAGCCCCUGUACCAUUCCUGCAUCAGCGUGGAAAAGUGUUACCAGCAGAAAGACUGGCAGCGUUUACUGCUGUCUCCCCUGCACCACGGAGAUGACUGGCAUUUGUAUUUCAACAUGGUGUCCAUGCUCUGGAAAGGCGUGAAGCUGGAGAGGAGAAUGGGAAGUCGAUGGUUUGCCUACGUCAUCGCCACCUUCUCCCUGCUUACAGGGGUGGUGUAUUUGCUCUUGCAGUUUACUGUUGCUGAACUCAUGAAUCAGCCUGACUUCAAAAGGAACUGUGCUGUGGGCUUCUCAGGAGUUUUGUUUGCCUUGAAAGUUCUUAGCAACCAUUACUGCCCCGGAGGCUUUGUCAACAUUUUGGGCUUUCCUGUCCCCAAUAGAUUUGCUUGUUGGGCAGAGCUGGUGGCCAUUCACUUCUGCACCCCAGGGACUUCCUUUGCUGGGCACCUGGCCGGCAUUCUGGUUGGACUGAUGUACACGCAGGGACCCCUGAAGAAAAUCAUGGACACGUGUGCAGGCAUUUUUAUCUCCCAUGCUGGGCCUUCAGGACAGCAGUACCACUUUAAUAAUGCAGGCCCCUCCGGAUAUCAGAAUCACUAUGCAGAUGGCAGACCAAUGACCUAUGAAGCUACUUACAGGAACUAUGAUGUCUACACAGCGGGCCUGAGCGAGGAGGAGCAGCUGGAACGAGCAUUGAGAGCCAGCAUCUGGGACCGAGGAAAUACCAGAAAUGGUCCAAUGCCGUAUGGGUUCCGGCUCCCACCAGAAGAAGAAAUGAGGAGACAGCGUCUCCACAGAUUUGAUGGCCAGUGAUAUGGCACCGUGCAGGGGAUGGUGGGUUCCAGCUAUGGGAUUGGAGCCCAUUCACUUAACUCCCCAAGCCCCUGAUUGGUUUUAAACAAAAGAAGAGCACACAGUUACUGUUGCAGAUCACUCUUGUCUGCCAUGAACAGGUACUCCAUGGCUUCUGUGUGCCCAGCUGACACGUCUGGACACCAGGCUUGUCCCAGGAAGCCCACAGCCUUCCCAGAGUGGCCUGUCUAGCCCCGUGAUUGCGCCUAAACCAAAGUCAAUUCUUCAGAUGGGACCAAUUUCCACUUUUCUCUCCUUCCCUCCAGACUAGGUGGCACAUCCACACUGCGGUGAAGACUGGGCCCUUAAUAGGAAGUGGGUUAUUUAUUUCACCAGGUGAGUGGAUCAGCCCUCACUCUGCCCAGUAUGCCAGGUUCUUGGCUUAGCAGGAGGGGCAGUGCUACCCCCUGGUCCUCCCACCAUAUUUCCCUGGUGACGUGGGAAGGGGAUGUGGCUACCUUCCCAGGGCGUUCCCUUCUCUUUCACACAGGCUCCUCCAGGUGCUCAGGCCGCUAAGUCUGCCUGGUGUUCACAUCUCCUGCCUUAUUCCACAUGUAGAAUAUCUAAUAGGAGGGGAAUAAGAAAGAUCUAAGGUAGGGGAAAAACCCAACUCACUCAUUAGAUAUCAUGUGGCACCAGCAAUUUGGGUUCAGAGCCACCCCAGGAGCAGGAGAGUUGUUUAACUGCUCCACAGAGCGGCAGCAGGUGCCACACGCACACAGCAAAGCCGAGGUGUUGAAUGGGAUUCUCACAGGGAAUUCCCCUUGCAGCAAGUAUUUUUUUUUCCUUCAUAAAAGUGCCUUCUCAUUGGCCACUAUGGCUGCAGUUUGUCAUAAACAAGUGUCUAAAAAAUGCCCCAGGGAAGUGCUACAUCUGAGUCACUUAAGGCAUUUCUGUUUCUUGUGUUCUGAGAAUAAAAAGGCAAAGACAGAAUGUUGCCACAUUGCCACCUCCUCACAGUCAGGGAGUGUUUAGUUCAAAGGGAGUUAGGAGCAACAAAUGGUGCUCCGACUCUAACACACCCUUUCUGUAUGGUUCCCAGUGAGAACGGGUGCACAACACACACACCUAGGAAGGAGUAGUAACUGGCAGUACCCAUCAGCUCUGGGGGAUGGGCACAUAGGACCUGACUUUCUUUGUUUACAGUUUUAUAUUCUAUUUUUUAAAGCAUGUAUGCAAGUGUCUGCUGCUUUCAGAAUCAAGAAACACGUAGCCAGUAAAACAAACCCUAAGCUAAGUACCCUAUGUCCAUUAAGAAAAAUCAUAGACUGGGCAUGGUGGCACACAUUUCUAAUCCCAGCACUCAGGAUUCAGAGGAAGGAGGAUCUCUGAGUUCAAAGCCAUCCUGGUCUACGUAUGGAGUUCUAAGCCUGCCAGAAUACACACACCCUUACACACCAAGACCCUGUCUGGAAGAAAGAGAGAGGAAGAGAGGGGAAGAAGGAUGACAAUGAAGGAAGGAAAGAAAUCAGAGUAUAUAAAUAAAGGUACAACUGCUCAUCUUUAAAAGGCACUGCUGCCCAAGGCUGAAAUUUCAAGGCUAUUAACAUCUCAGUUUCCACUGUAUGCUAUGCAUUUGACACAUCUGGUGCAUGCCAGCUGUGUAGCUCCAUGCCCACUUGUUAAUAUGGACCCACCUGGAAUGUCUCUAACCCGUGCAUAUGAAUGGAGUCUAAGCAUUCAGACAGGCUAUCCAGACAGUGGUGCCUGAGCACCUUAGUUUAAUUUGUAAUUGGUGGAAAGUCACACCUAGUUGAUAUUAUAAAUUAUGCCCAUGAGCCUGGUACAUCCAAACACAUUUAAAUUAUAGUUGUCAAAGUAAAUUAUCCCUGGCUCUCAGACUGUACAUUUGCCUUCCAUACCACAAUGAGAAACAACCUUUUCCCUACUUGCCACCUUUUGAUAGCACCUGGGAAUUCUCCCCUAACACUCUUACAUCACUAUUCUUAUUUGUGCAUACCUGCACCAAGUCAUGUCUGUGCGUGGUGUGGUUCUGAGUGACCCUAGAACACAGCCUGUUACUGACCUUCAACCUUCCCAGUCUCCCUCACUCCACACUCAAAAGGCUCAGUAACUGUUAUUUUCCCACCAAAGUUGUUAUUCACUUGUUAUUAGAGUUCUGCUAGCUUGUACAUAUAGCUUUAAUGCAGUAACAGUACCUGGUUGCUUUGCUUGACUUGUUGGACAAAGACACUGAAAAAUGCCAAUUUGGGAUGGUGUAGUUAUAAUAUGCACUUUUUUCUUUAUUUAUGGAGUGGAAUAUCACCAAAUGUUUAUUACAGAUGUGGGAAAAGUCAUUUUAGGGAUAAGUGAAAACCACAUAUCUUCCAGAAUAAAGAUGGUCUGGAAAUGAUAA